GUGAAUUGUGAAGUGGUUUCUGUGGCAAGAUGAAUGACUUAAUCUCGAGUUCGUUCAAGAAAUACACGGACCUGAAGGAACAAGCUUGCCUGGACGAAAUGGAAGCCGGAACGGAGAGCGCAGACCUCGAUAAAUUCUUUGAAGAAGUCGAGAACGUCAAGGAAGACAUGAAAGGCGUCGACAAGUUGUACAAGGCGUUGCAGGAAGCCAAAGAGGAAUGCAAAACUGCCCACAGCGCAAAGACCAUGAAACAGCUCCGCUCCCGGAUGGACGCCGAUGUCGAACAGGUGCUUAAAAGAGUUAAAAUCAUCAAAGGGAAGCUCGAAGGAUUGGAACGGUCGAACGCGGCUAGUCGGAACACUCCAGGUUGCGGGCCCGGUUCGUCUACGGAUAGAACCCGGACAUCGGUGGUUAGUGGCUUGGGGAAGAAACUGAAGGACAUGAUGGAUGAUUUUCAAGCACUAAGAGCGAUGAUGCAGGCGGAGUAUAAAGAAACAGUGGAACGUCGAUACUUCACCAUCACGGGGGAGAAACCCGACGAGGAAACGAUCGAGAACUUGAUAUCGAGCGGCGAAAGCGAAAGCUUCCUUCAAAGGGCCAUACAAGAACAAGGAAGGGGUCAGAUUAUGGACACCAUUUCGGAGAUUCAAGAAAGGCACGAUGCGGUGAAGGAGAUCGAGAAGAACUUGAUGGAGCUCCACCAGAUAUUCCUGGACAUGGCGGCGCUGGUGGAAGCUCAGGGUCAGCAACUCAACGACAUAGAGAGCAACGUGGCAAAAGCGAGUUCCUUCGUGAGACGAGGGACGGAACAGCUGGUGGAAGCUAGGGAACAGCAGAAGAGCUCAAGGAAAUGGAUGUGUAUGGCAAUCAUUGCUGCAAUCGUCCUCAUUAUUGUCAUCCUCCUACCUCUCCUCCCAACUAUUAUAACUCUCAUUAAGAGCAAGUAA